GAGAUCGCCAAAGCCAUCUGCGCGGCCGCGGGCGAACAACGCAUCACGCCAGCCGAAGCCUGCUACUCCGUUGCGCACGACGUCGCAGUCGGCCUUCAACUCAUUAACGAAUAUCUCGCCUCUCUGCCUCCCUAUUGGAUCGAGCCCGAUGUCGAAGAGCUUUGUCACUCCCUCCUGCUGGACCUCUUGGAUAUCACCAAGCCACCGAAGCGGCGGUCCAACCCCGCCCUCUUCCCCCGCCUACCUCUGUUCUCGUCUCCCUCUGGCGGAUCCGAAGCUCAGAAUCUCGAGGCCCGUGUCCUGAACUUCUUCAGGGCAAAGUCCACAAAGGCACAGAAGCUCAAGAGCACCUGCGAUGAGCUGCGGGUCAAGCUGACCAAGGAUGACGCCGAAAAUGACCCUCAGCAAAUACCCGAGAGCGCACUGAAGCAGCUCAGUGAUGCCGACAUGUCGGGUUGCUUCAAUAGUGGCGUUUUCAAUGCCCUCGAGCUGGCAUCCACAUGCAACCCACAGUCCCACGAGAAUACGGUCGAACUUCCGUGGCAUCCAGCUCGGCUGUGCCUCGACGAAACCAAGGGUGGCAUUCGAGUCCUUGUGUCACUAACCUUAGAAACUGGCGACUGGCAGGAGUUUUGUGUGGGAACUAACCAGACAGAAACCCCUGAUAAUGAUGAUGCGUCUUUUCUCGAACAAGGGUCUUUCUGCAAUUUUCUGAACAAGGAGAUUACCGCUUGCCUUUUCUUGUCAUUCAUAGAGGGUCGCGGCUUUAGGGUCCUCGGAGAGCCAGAACAACUGCACCAAAUGCUCGAAGCCGGUCGCGGGGAGUCGCUUGCGACUGUCCUCUCCAAAUACGACCUCAAGCCAAAGGACAAGGUCCUCCUUGCGUCCACAGUAGCCCGGGCGUACUGGCAGUACUACGAUUCGGAGAUGAUGAGGACCAGAUGGACAAGCGACGCGAUCUGGUUCAUGCCCGAGAAACGAAUAAAACCACGGAGGGAUCAACUGCCCUUGUGCGCGUAUCUGUCAUUCCCCUUCGGUGCCCCGGACACCUCGUCCCGAGACAUCUUCCUGAAGGAUCAUCUGACCCAUAGAUGCCCCCGUAUCUUCGAUGUCGGGGUGCUUCUCCUGGAAAUUGGUCUCGGGGAGAAAUUUCAGACAGGGGACAAGCCAGACUUCGUGGCACAGCAUAACCUCAAUCACAAGAUUGCGACCGACAGCUUGGAAGAACUGGAGAAGGCGGCCUGGGACGGCUUCUUGAACAAGAAGGUCUUUGACCAGGCUGUGAAAUUCUGCCUCUACAGCAAGAACUUCAUCAAGGCCACGAAAAAACCACAGACAGGCCGGCGUGGUAUAGGGGAACGUCCCGAACCCAUGACCGCUGAAGAGCAAAAGAGGGGUGUCCUUGAGAGAAGAAAAAUCUUCUACCGGAAUGUUGUCCAGCCGCUCGCAUGGCUGGCGAGAGAGGGCUUCAAGGCGCAGCCUGGGCAAAUCAACUACAUCAGCAAGAAACGCCCCGACACUCAACCCGAGUCAACCGACCCUGCACAGCAACCAGACGAAGAAUGUCUGUUCCACAGCGCCAUUGUUCCGAAAAUGUGGCUCGAAGACAUCAAGAAGAUCGGCGAGUCGGUAGAACGCAAGCGUCGGGCAAAAAGCAUCACGACCCCCGUUCGAGUUGCUAUUGUUGACACAGGACUGAACAUGGAUCUGCCCAUAUUCACGAAGAAACCAGGUCUUAAGCGUGCUGUCAUCGACCACGUGGACUAUGUUGACCCUGGCACGUCGACUAUAACGGACGCCUUUGGCCACGGCACGUUGAUGGCCAGAAUCGUCAUGGAGUCCGCACCCGGCGCCGAGAUUCUCGUUGCGCGGGUUGCCAGAGACACCAAGCAGCUCAAGACCAGCCAAGAAAACAUUUGCAAGGCUAUCUUGUGGGCCGGCAAACCCGGCAGAGCCGACAUUAUCUUCACGUCGUUUGGCGUCUCCCGGAAGGACCAGGGCGGGAUCGGCGAGGCCAUCGAGGCCGUCGAACGGGAGCGGCGGGAGGACAUCAUCUUCCUCGCCAGCGCCGGCAACUCGGAUACGGACGAUGAAAGCUUCCCGGCCUGCCAUGCCUCGGUCAUCGCUGUCUACGCCACCGACAAGCACGGAGCGCCUCUCUCAUCGAAUGCAGCAAGCCCCGGCCAGAGCAGCUGGGUACUGGGCACGUACGGCGAGCCGCCAGACUCCCUCCGCGCCGAGUUCGCUAGCCUCUACACAGGGAUCUGCGAGGCGGGCUCGUCCAUCGCCACGGCAGCCAUGGCGGGUAUCAGCGCGACGAUGCUCGCGUACGCCACGGCGCUCCCCUCGUUGGUAGAGAUUCCGUGCAACCACGUGCUGAAACGGCUCCGGACUACUAAAGGUAUGGAGGCACUUCUCUGCCGGCUGGCACCACAAUCAAAAGCGCACCCGUGGCUCCGAGCCGUGAAGCCACCGGUGUUCUGGAAAAACAAGCCCGGCGAUUCGAUGAGACUCUGCGCGUUCAUCGACACGCAGGCGGAGGUA